AUGCCACUAAAUAUUGGUAUAAUGGGGCAUGUGGAUAGCGGUAAAACAACAUUAGCUCGAGCGCUUUCAACAAUUGCUUCAACAGCUGCAUUUGAUGUACAUUCAAAAGUGGCAAAUUUACGGGCAAAUACCAUUGAUCUUGGCAUGUCAGCGUUAAAAUUAGAUGGCAAGAUCUUAGCUUUCAUCGAUUGUCCAGGACAUUCAUCUCUUAUUCGUUCUGUAUUAAUUGCGUCAAGUGUUUUCGACAUGGCGAUAGUUGUUGUAAACGCAUUAAAAGGAAUUGAACGACAGACCGCUGAACAUUUGCUACUUGUUUCAUUAAUUUGCCCGCAACAUUUAAUUGUCGUUCUAAGUAAGAUUGAUUUGGUUGAUGAAAAGCAAAUUGUUGAUGUAAGAAAGCGGAUUGUCAAAGCCUUAAAGCAAUUAAAUAUCGAUAGUUCUCCGAUUGUUCCAGUUUCAUUAAUCUCUCCUAAUGAAUCGAAUAUCGCUUGCAUAGUAGAAGCAAUCCGUCAGAAUUUUUAUGAACCUGAACGUAUUUCUAGUGGCAAAUUUGUUAUGAGUGUUGAUCACUGUUUUCCAAUCAAAGGUAAAGGAACAGUAAUGACGGGAACGAUUAUCGACGGAAUGUGCAGAAUUGGAAUGGAAGUUGAAAUUCCGAUUUCAAACGAAAGAAGAAAAAUAAAAAACAUACAAUGCUGGAAAGAAGAUGUCACGGUUGCCAAUAUGGGUGAACGUGCAGCACUUUUGUUUCACGCUAUACCGAAUCUGGAAAAAAUUGAUCGCACUAUAAUUUUCGAGCCAGGCGCUUUAAGUCGAACACGAUUUGUCUAUGCAAGUGCUCAUAAAAUAACUUUUUUUAAACCAAAAUUAAUUAAUCGUUGUAAAUUGCUUAUCUCAGUUGGCUUCAAUGCCAUGUUGGCUGAAUGUCAAUUUUUCGUUGAGGCUGAUUCCGUUGACGAGUUUGAAUUGAAAUCUGACGAUGAUGAGGGUUUUUCUUCGGUUUUACUUUCUUUCGAUAGUCCAAUAUACACUAAGCCGGAUAGUUUAUAUAUUGCAUCGAAACUUGAUAGUCAAGAUAGUGGGUGUAGGUUUGCAUUUCACGGUAAAAUUCAACGUAUUCUUAAUGAUGAUCGUGAGCUUUGUCGAUUUCGUCGUAAAAUAAAAUUUGGACAAGUUGAGCGAAUCGAAAAUGAAACGAGCCUAAUUUGUAAAAAUAUGUUCAAAAAAGAAAGUAAUAUUGAUAGGUUUAUUGGAAUGCCGGUAAAAUUAUCAACGGGUGAAAAAGGCUUUAUUGAAAGUACCUUUGGCAAAAGUGGAAAGGUAAGAAUUCGUAUCGAUAGUAGUUUUGCAAUACGGCAAAGUUCGCUUAAUGAGGAAAUUUUCAUUUAUUUAUACCUUAAAAAAUAUUUAAAUGAUCAUUCCUUACGUGCUUAUAUUCCAUGA